CAGGGAGGGUGAGCUGUCAAAGCUGCAACAGGGUUUGGCAAGAGCCACUGAUUUCCUGUGCACAGUCUCCUGGGCCCUCCUGGACUUACUUACAGUGUCACCGCCCUAGAAAGUUCUCAGUGCGAGAAGCAUGACGUCUGCCUAACUGUGCCAAGGCUCUGCAGAAAUCCCCAUCCUGCCAGAGCUCCUCCAGUUCCCAGAGAGAAGUAGACCAGAGCUGAGGAGGCGAUGAGUGGGGUGUAGGCUUGAGCUCUGGAAGCCUUUUAUCUUCAAGAGAAGCCCCUUCACCAGCGAAUGACAGGGGAACUUCUCUGGAUCAAGCUAUGGUGAAAAAUGUUUCGGAAAGGCAAAAAACGACACAGUAGUAGCAGUUCUCAAAGCAGUGAAAUCAGUACUAAGAGCAAGUCUGUAGAUUCCAGUCUUGGAGGCCUUUCUAGAUCCAGCACUGUGGCCAGUCUUGACACAGACUCUACGAAGAGCUCAGGACAAAGCAACAAUAAUUCAGAUACCUGUGCAGAAUUUCGAAUCAAGUAUGUUGGUGCUAUUGAGAAACUGAAACUGUCUGAGGGAGCAAGUCUUGAAGGGCCACUGGACCUAAUAAAUUAUAUAGAUGUUGCCCAGCAAGAUGGAAAGUUACCUUUUGUUCCUCUGGAAGAAGAAUUUAUUAUGGGAGUUUCCAAGUAUGGCAUAAAAGUAUCAACAUCAGAUCAGUAUGAUGUUUUGCAUAGGCAUGCACUGUAUCUAAUCAUCCGGAUGGUAUGUUAUGAUGAUGGUCUCGGGGCAGGAAAAAGCUUAUUGGCUUUGAAGACCACAGAUGCAAGCAAUGAAGAAUAUAGCCUAUGGGUUUAUCAGUGCAACAGCCUGGAACAAGCACAAGCAAUCUGCAAAGUGUUAUCCACUGCUUUUGAUUCUGUAUUGACGUCCGAGAAAUCUUGACUCCUGCAAUCAAGUGGAAGUCAACCUCAUGUGAAAGCUGGACUGUUUCAGCAUGCAGCGUUGAACUGUUGUGGAAAUACGAAAUUGCUCGAGAUUUUUUUAAAUGACAAUCCAAUGUAUCGAUCAUUUGCUUUUCUAUUAAAAUGUAUCUUAUUACCAAUGA